AUGAUCCAAGCACACUAUUCCAACAUGGCAAUGGCCAUAUUGGAUCAUCAAGUAGUCAACAAAUGUGGGUGCAACCACGCCCACCAUAACACCUUUUACCUUAUUUAG